AUGAAAGUCAUAAUCGUCGGGGCGGGUCUUAGCGGCCUCAGCACCGCCAUCGCGCUCCGCAAAUUCAUCCCUGCUAGUCAACCUCUCGAGGUCAAAAUCUAUGAUAACAUUAACCCAGCUACCGGCCAAGCCACGGAGCAGGUCACGCCGCAGGUUCGCACGAGUCGGUUAGGCGCCGGGUUAGGACUCCAAGCUAAUGGGCUUCGUGUUCUGGAAGAUCUUGACCCAGCGCUGAAGCAGAGGGUUUAUGCGGCCGGUUUUCCGUGUACUCGCUUCACGUGGAAAACGGCUAGCGACUGGCUGUUGGGUCAUGAAUAUGUUGACGUCCUGCCUAUCUCACGACCUCUCCUCAUAAACUGUCUCUACGAAACUCUACCUUCCGAUUCGGUAAUUCAAAAAAAGAUAGCUAAGGUGGUCACGCGCCAAGGAAGAAAGCCUGUAGUUCAAUUCGAAGACGGGUCGCCAGACGAGACGGCGGAUCUUGUCGUAGGUGCAGAUGGGAUUCGCAGCACCGUUCGUCACGAUUUGUUCGGUGACGAUGAGAAAUACCGACCUCAAUACGUCGGAAUCUGCGCAGUCGGACAAGAACAAGCUGCUCUACUGCAGCUCCGGGAGCGCCACGGAAAUUGGACGGAUCCUCUCAUCAGUCAGUGUCUAGAAAAUGCUCACCUCGACAAUGUAUACCCCAUCUUUGUCAUGCCCGAUUUACCUUACUGGGGCCGCGACGGGUGUGUCCUUGUUGGCGAUGCGGCUCACGCUUUGCCUCCGAGGAGCGGCCAAGGUGCUAGCCAGGCCUUCGAGGACGGCGAGGCGCUGGCUUUACUUCUAGCUGGGUAUCUCGAGAGGGAGCAUGACGCAGGUGAUGCUAUCUCUCGCUCGAUUCUCGGGCUGUUCGAAGUCCGCGCUCCAAGAGUGAACGGGAUCAAAGCAGAUGCUCUGCGAUGGAAAGAACCUAAGAUGCCGAUGUCAUGGUUGAGGACUGCUGGUCUCUAUAUUUCUUUAUUUAUAUUAGUUAGGGUGAGAAGAGUCUUGAACAUCUUCACUCGCAGAGACUUAUGGAACGUGCGAGACGCGGUGAGUAAGUAUCUGGCCCAAUAA